UUUAUCUGUUAGGAAAAGGAUAACAGCCCUUGUGAUUCAAGCUCGCAAUCAAAUAUCAUUGAUUGUUGUGAUUCACCCAUUACCUUGAGCGAACAAACUAAUGCAUGUGGAGUUAAUAUUCCACACAUUUCAGAACACACGUAUCAGGAACUGGAAUUUAACAAUUUUGAAGAUUUUUUUAGUGAUAUCGAGGAAGAGGACGAAGUAUAUGAAGCCCACCCAUCAGUUUACUUGCCUCUACUCUGUGUUGCAAACUAUUUAAGGCAUCAUCUUACUAAAAGUGCCCUAGAAGAUCACCUUUUCAAUGUGAGGUUAGCGUCCCACUCCAAUGUGAAAGAGUUGAGCAGCCAACAUAACUUGUUAAGAAAAUAUUCCCAUUUGAGGAGUGAAGUUACGAAAAUUUUUGUUUGCCCCUCGAAAAAAUGUCCUUCCGUAUUGACUAUGAAGCAAGAUAAUCCUGAAGAGAUACAACUACGACAGCCUUGUGGUCACAAAUUUAUCAAAAGUGUGCAUCGACCAUGUUUCAUUUUGCGAAUGCCAAUCGAGAAGCAAUUGGUGUAUUUUAUCGAGCACCACGGCAUUAAACUACAAGAAAUGGAUUCAAACUACCGAGGAGAUUUACAUUCUGGCGAAUGCUACAAAAAGUUGAGAGACAAAGGUUUCAUUGACGACCUGACCAUCACCGUGAUCUGGAAUACGGAUGGAGCUCAGCCUUAUAAGAUGAGCAAAAACGGAAUUUGGCCUUUCAUGGCCACGAUAAAUGAAGCACCAUACAAACUUCGAAGAAAUUACGUAAUUUUGCUGGCAUUGUGGUUUGGCAACAAAAAACCACCUUUGCAUGCAUUUUUGGACUGGAUAGUAAAAGAGUGGGCUAGACUGGAAAAUGACGGGAUAAAUGUAAAAGGAAUCCAUUACAAAAUCCGUGUUUUGGUUAUUACUACUGACACGAUGGCCCGUCCACUUAUACGCAACACUACGCAGUUCAACGGACAGUUCGGAUGCGAUUUCUGUUUACAUCCAGGUGAACAAAUUAAAAAGGGAAGAGGUUCAACUCGCAUUUAUUUAGAAAAGCCAGAACCUUUUGAAUUGAGAAGUAUGGAACAACAUAAGGAAGACUUGAAUAUUGCCAAGGCGACCCGAAAACCUUCCCACGGUGUCUGUGGCCCAACACCUUUAGCCGACUUACCCGGGUUCGAUUUUAUCAAGGCUUUUGUCCCGGAAUAUAUGCACUCCUGUUGCCAAGGAGUUUUUAAACUAAUGAUUAAGCUAUGGACUUUUCAAAAAUAUUCCAAGGAACCUUGGUCUGUCAGGGGAAAGUUGGAAGUGCUAAACUCCCGGCUGUUAAACACAAAACCACCUUAUGAAAUCACCCGGGUUAUGAUAGCAUUAGAUGAUUUGAGCAAUUGGAAAGCUUCUAUGUUUAGAGCCUUUGUUCUUUUUUAUGUUGAUGUCUUAGAAGAUGUACUCCCCAAAGAAUUUUUUGAUCAUUUCGUAAAUCUUAGCUACGGGAUGUUUGUUCUUUUGCAAGAAAAGGUAUCCGUAUCAGACGUAGAGAAAAUUAAAGUUCUUUUUAGGCAUUUUGUGAUUGAUUUUGAAAAACUUUAUGGCGCCACUCAUGUAGGAAUCAACGUUCAUUUUCUCAUUCAUCUUUCGCAAAGCGUGCUUGAUUGGGGAUGCUUGUGGACUACAUCGACGUUUAUUCCUGAGUGGUUUAAUGGGGUGUUGAUGUCUUUGUCGAAUGGGACUCAAGCGAUUGCGGAUCAGAUGGCAACAAAUUAUUUGUUGAAACUUACUGUUCGUGACGAGGCCGUGACGCUGUUACAAAAAUAUAUCUUGCCUCCCCAUGUAACAAGACAACUCUGCGAAUUACUCCGCUUGCCAAAGGAGACGCCACGAGGAUUUUCAAAAGGGACAUUUUCAAAUAACGAUAAAGUUGAACUUCUCGGCCAUUCAUCCGUUCGGAAUCUUGAUAGAUGCAUAGAGCAGGAAGCGCAUAACUCAAUAUCCAACUUGAAGUCCAGUCCGGAAAGUGAUACAGAAAUUCUCACCCAAUUAGACCCAGAAUGUGCACCCAAAUAUCAGGUCAAAUUUCGAUCCAAUUUUCUCUUAACUUGUUCCAUCGUCAACGUUUUGAUUAAAGGUGAAACACCCCUGACAGACAAGAUCACUGCUCUUGAACUGAUUGGUGCUUCUCUUCCAAAAAAUUAUGAAGAUUCUGUUGCAGUGAUGUUAAGGUGCUGGAGAAAUGCCAUGAAUCUUCGUUACUUCCCUGCUGAUGGUGAACCACCUCUGCCCAAGACACCUUACGUGGGUGUUACAUUUGUGGCAUCUCCUAUGGUUUUCGGACAUGCUGUGGAAGUCAUUUUUAUUGAAGGAAUGAACCUUUUUGAGGAGUAUUUCGAGCGUAACAUUGUUGACCUUGAUUCGCGAGUGUGA